CAAAUCAUUCCAGAGAAUGUUUAAUAACAAUUGUAUUUACAUUCUCUGAUCAUUCUGUUUACAUUUGAAAGUACAAAAAAUAGUCAUUCCACAAUUAAAAAUAUAUACUGAUUAUUUUGACAAUGCGUUGUAAAAUAAAUCGUAAAAAAUUACCUAUCAACUUGUUGCGGCAACGAAAUCGGGAGCAGCGUCAUUCAGUGCUAAAAAAAAGUAAACCCAAAAAGCAACAGAAAAUAAAAAUUGAUAAAGAGCUAAAAGAUCAUGAGGCAUUCGUCCGAUAUACAGAACUACAGCUAAAAAAAAUUUUAGAGUCUGAUGAAGUGCUAUCAGAUAUUCCAUUUGACUGCACGCCACAGGAACUUCAAGGAGAGAUAGCAAUAGCAAACGGUUAUGGAACAAUAAUUUAUGUAGAACGUGAUGGACUAUCAACACUGACCAUAAUUUUGCCUCAAAAGAAUCCAACUAUUGCGAACUUGAAGAGAGCAAUCGAAUCAACUGCACGUGUACAACAUAAACGAGAGUUGCGUGAGCGAUAUGAAAGCCGAUGCAGAAGACGUCGUUUGUCCGAAGAAACUGGAAAUACGAGCAACAGCCACGAUGAUUGCGAUCAUAGUGACAACAGCAGAGUGGCAGCAUAUCAGCAACGGCUACAGCAGGUUGAAACUUCUGCUGCGUGGUUGGCUGCCAACAGAAGUACUGGAGAAUUCGUCUACUCCACAACGCGCUGCGGUCAUCCACAUCGUACAACGGUUUCAUGGCGAUUUCUAUGGCGCGCAUUCAUGUUGAUCGACCCUCAGACGAAAACGCCACUUUACGACGACGACGGACGUAAAUUAUUGACUGAAUUUGGUAUUGAGAACGGUGCAACACUACGCUUUUGCAAACGUGAAAUCUAUUACAAACGUCGCCGGCAAUAAUCAGUGUAUUUCUAGUGGCUUCAAUAAGAAAAAAAUAAAAUAAAUAAAAGUAAAGUAACCACCACCAUGUGUGGUAUUC